AAAUAUUACUUUCAACAAUUUAAAAGGCGCCUAUUGAUUUAAAAUCAAAACCUAUAUCAUAUUGGACUGUUGGGAGUAUAAAAAGCUACCCAGCAAAAAAGUAUCUAAAAUAUUAAGAAUUAUUUAAUACCUGGACCUCAGUAACACAAAUAGAUUAAUCUUUAUGGUAGUAGAUAACCAUUGAGUAACUUGAUAAUGAUAAUGAGCAUAAGAUAAAAAGUCAACGAUAAAUUGUUUUGAUUAAAAGCAAAGUCACACAAACUAGUUAGAGACUAGAAUGUGGCAUACUUUUUACUACAAUAAUAUCUGAACAUCUUUAAAAACAUUAAUAUGUCUGAAUAUGGAAAAUUUGGGCCAUUGGUUGGGGCGAUAGAUGAAGGAACUUCAAGUGCGCGGUUUAUUAUAUUUAAAGCAAAUUCUUGCGAAGUAGUUGCAACAUAUCAAAAAGAAAUUGAGCAACAUUUUCCUCAGGAGGGUUGGGUUGAACAGGAUGCUUGUGCUAUCCUGGACGUUGUUACAAUAUGUAUUAAUGAAGCUGUGAAGCAAUUAGUUGCAUUGGGUGCAAGCCCAAAGGAUAUAGUUGCAAUUGGUGUAACCAAUCAACGGGAAACAACUAUAGUAUGGGAUAAAAUAACAGGAAAGCCACUGCAUAACGCCAUUGUAUGGCUAGACAUGAGAACAUCAUCAACAAUUGACAAAUUACUUGAUUUAGUUCCAAACAAAACUAGGAAUAAGAACUAUUUAAAGCCAUUAUGUGGUCUGCCCAUGUCCCCAUACUUCAGUGCAGUUAAACUAAGGUGGCUCGCAGAUAAUGUUGAAGUAGUCCAGAAGGCUUUGAAGAAAGGAACUUGUUUUUUCGGUACUGUGGACACAUGGAUAAUUUGGAAUCUGACAGGUGGUGUUAAUGGGGGCAAGCAUGUAACAGAUGUGACAAAUGCAUCCCGAACAAUGCUCAUGAAUAUUGAAACACUAAACUGGGAUCCACUUUUGAUGAAAUUUUUUGAAAUACCCAAGUCUGUAUUGCCUCAAAUCAAAUCUAGCUCAGAGAUAUAUGGUUACAUAGCGGAGGGUCCCUUAAGAAGCAUUCCCAUAUCGGGUUGUCUUGGUGACCAACAGGCUGCUCUAGUUGGUCAGUUAUGUUUACAAAAGGGACAAGCGAAGGCCACAUAUGGAACUGGAUGUUUUGUCCUGUAUAAUACAGGAGAUGUUCGUGUCAAUUCUACCAAAGGGCUUCUAACAACUGUUGCCUACCAACUGGGAGCUAAUAAUGCACCUUGUUAUGCUUUAGAGGGCUCUGUGGCUGUAGCGGGAGCAGCAGUAGGAUGGUUGAAGGACAAUGUAGGUAUCCUGGAAAGUGCCAAACAGUCGCAAGAAUUGGCUGAAAUGGCCACAGAGAAUGGUAGUGUAGUUUUUGUUCCGGCAUUUAGUGGGUUAUAUGCACCAUAUUGGCGUCAAGAUGCCAGAGGUGUAAUAUGCGGCAUAACGGAGGAUACAAAUUCAAACCAUUUAGUAAAGGCAGCAUUGGAAGCAGUCUGUUUUCAAGUAAGAGAUAUCUUAGAUGCCAUGAACGAAGACUGUGGAAUCCCUUUGCAACUCUUAAAGGUGGACGGUGGCAUGACUUCCAAUUCGCUAGUAAUGCAAAUGCAGUCUGACCUUAUAGGAAUUAACAUUAUAAAGGCCGGUUUUGCCGAAAGUACUGCCCUAGGGGCGGCACUGGUGGCUUUCUGGGGCUUAGAUAGAAAUACACAAACGCCAAAUAUCGAUAUACAAAAUGGCCAGAUGUACAACCCUAAAAUUAGCGACGAUGAACGCGAUAUGAGAUAUAAACAGUGGAAAAUGGCUGUCGAGCGCUCGUUGGGGUGGGAACAGAAUUAAUUUAAGAGUUAAAAGGCAUUGUACUUGAUUUUUAUGUUUUAUUUUUGUUUUAAUUUGAAUUUUAUAUUAGCCUAACAAUUCCCGAAGAAGACAUGUUGAUUCUAUGUACACAAUUUAUUCAUUUAAGUGAUGAAUUUUUAUACGGUUUAAGGGUUAACAUAACUAUAAUUUGGCCUAUAAUCCGAUUUUGUGUAUAAUAACGAAGUACGAUUUGUGUACAAAAUUGAAUGUUUUAAACUAGUAGAUAAGUAUAUAAAAAUGUUAUGUUUUAAAUAAAUUAUGAAAAAUA